GAACUGAUGACCCUCAAUGAUGUGGCUGGGGACUUCUGGGAAGAGUGGGUUACCUGGACACUGCUUAGAGAAUCCUCUUCAGGGAUGCCACCCAGCACAGUUAGAAGAAUGGGCCAUCAAAGGAAUUUCUAGACCUAGUGUAGUCUCCCAGCUGGAGCAGAAAGAAGAGGCAUGGGUUCUACCACUCCAAAACUCUGAGGCGAGGAAGAUCCUGAGGGAAAGCCACACAGACUUUGAGCAUCAGGUGGCAAAGCUUGAUCGGGACAUUUCUGAAACAGCAGAACAAUAUGGAACAUCCUCAGAAAGGAAUAAUAAAGACUCUCAUAGUCUUCGUUGGGGAGGAAACUGGGAGAGAGGCCUAGAAUUAGAAGAGCAACAUGGAACCCUUACAGGAGAGGGCCAGCUGGAGCCCUUUUCACAGGAGAGGGAUUUAAACAAGCUCCUGGAUGGAUAUGUAGGACAGAAGCCCAUGUGUGGAGAAUGCGGGAAAAGCUUUAACCAGAGUUCCUAUCUCAUAAGACACCUACGAACCCAUACUGGCGAGAGGCCCUAUACAUGCAUAGAGUGUGGGAAAGGCUUCAAACAGAGCUCAGACCUUGUCACCCAUCGCAGAACACAUACAGGAGAGAAGCCUUACCAAUGCAAGGGGUGUGAGAAAAAGUUCAGCGACAGCUCAACACUCAUCAAACAUCAGAGAACCCACACAGGGGAGAGACCCUACGAGUGCGCAGAGUGUGGGAAGACUUUUGGGCGGAGGCCGCAUCUCGUAAUGCACCAACGAACCCACACAGGCGAGAAGCCCUACACAUGCCUGGAAUGUCACAAAAGCUUCAGUCGAAGCUCAAAUUUCAUCACCCACCAGAGGACCCACACAGGUGUGAAGCCUUACAAUUGUAAUGACUGUGGGGAGAGUUUUAGCCAGAGCUCAGAUUUGAUUAAGCACCAACGAACCCAUACGGGAGAACGGCCCUUCCAGUGCCCGGAGUGCAGGAAGGGCUUCAGAGAUAGUUCUCAUUUUGUAGCUCACAUGAGUACUCAUUCAGGAGAAAGGCCUUUCAGUUGUCCCGACUGCCACAAAAGCUUCAGUCAGAGCUCACAUUUGGUCACACAUCAGAGAACACACACAGGUGAGAGACCUUUUAAGUGCGAAAACUGUGGAAAAGGAUUUGCUGACAGCUCCGCCCUCAUUAAGCAUCAACGGAUCCACACAGGAGAAAGACCCUAUAAAUGUGGAGAGUGUGGGAAGAGCUUCAACCAGAGCUCCCACUGUAUCACCCAUCAGCGAAUUCACUUAGGAAACAGGCCCUAUCCAUGUCCUGAGUGUGGCAAGACCUUCAAUCAGCGCUCCCAUUUCCUCACACACCAGAGAACGCACACAGGAGAAAAACCUUUCCACUGUAGUAAAUGUGACAAGAGCUUCCGUCAGAAGGCGCAUCUUUUAUGCCAUCAAAACACCCACUUGAUUUAGGAAGUAGUCUUCAGUGGUUCCACUGCUCCCUUGCAAAUUUUCACUGCUUCUGCCUUUGAGCACCUCACAUAGAGAAAACCUGGUAAUUAGUCGCUCACUUUGGGCCCUGAUCUAGUCUCCCUCUUUCUUUUCUAUGUUAUAACAGAGAAGAUAAACUUAGAGUCCAAAUAAUGGUCCAAAUACAACAGGCAUUUCUGACUCUUAGUGAAAUGUGAGUUUAUUUUUUAUUUUUUUACAGAUGGGGUUUCACCAUAUUGGUCAGGCUGGUCUCGAACUCCUGACCUCAGGUGAUCCGCCCACCUCAGCGUCCCAAACUGCUGGGAUUACAAGUGUGAGCCACCACGCCCAGCUGAAAUGUGAGUUUAAUAGUUGAUGCCAGCCAGGCGUGGUGGCUCACGCCUGUAAUCCCAGCACUUUUGGGAGGUCAAGGCAGGUAGAUCACUUGAGGUCAGGAGUUCGAGAUCAGCCUGGUCAACAUGGCAAAACCCCAUCUCUACUAAAAAUAAAAAAGUUAGCCAGAUGUGGUGGCCCAUGCCUGUAGUCCCAGUUACUUGGGAGGCUGAAGCAGGAGAAUCACUUGAACCCGGGAGGUGUAGGUUGGAGUGAGCCCAGGACUGCACCAUUGCACUCCAGCCUGGGCAACAGAGCAAGACUCCAUCUCAGCAACAACAAAAAAAGUUGAUGCCUAGUUACUAAAUGAGAAGUGAGAGCAAUGUGGCCUUGAGAUCACAUGUAAACCACCUAGUACAGUGCCUGGCACAACGUAGAGGCUCAGUAAAUAAACGGUCACAUGAUUAUUCAUGAUUAAAACUUGAGGUCUUAGAUAAAGCCUUUAAUGCAGUAUCUGGCCCUUAAAAGACACUCAAUACAAGACUGGAGGCUUUUAUCAGUCUUAUUACUCAAUUAGGAAUUUAUGAGUAUAGUUCCCACACCCCAAGCUCAGAACUUAAAGAAAUUAGAUUGGCACUAGAAGCUUUAGGGUUGGAAAACAUGAAUUGAAUAAAAUGUUAAUGCAGUCCCAGUUCAGUGCUGUGCAGGCAUUAGUCACCAGAUGUCUCACUGCCAUGACAAGGCAGAACUACUGAAGAGGAUGUCUGCAGUCUUGUGACUAGGAGGCUGAAAGAAUUACAGAGGCACCUUGAACAGCAGUGUAUGAGGUACUUUCACAGGAGGUUUGCUGUCUGACACGGAAAAUACCCUACAAUGAACGAUCCAGAGGGACCUGGUAGAGGACUGUAGAAUUGUGGAAGCAAAAUUGCUGAGAAUGUCAAAUUAUAUUACAGGGAUCCUCCCUGGCGUUUAGCUGAAGGAAGCACCUCUUGUUUUCUUUUGUUGUUUUUUACAUGGACCCUCGCUCUGUUGCCAGGCUGGAGUGCAGUGGCGUGAUCUCGGCUCACUGCAACCUCUGACUCCCUGGUUCAAGUGAAUCUCCUGCCUCAGCUUCCUGAGUAGCUGUGAUUACAGGCAUGCGCCAUCACACCCAGCUAAUUUUUUGUAUUUUCAGUAGAGAUGGGUUUUGCGAUGUUGGCAGGAUGGUCUCGAUCUCCUGACCUCAUCAUCUGCUCACCUCAGCCUCCCAAUGUACUGGGAUUACAGCCGUGAGCCACCGCCCCCGGCCAACAAUUUUUGUUUUCUAAUUUCCUGGGUCAUUGGCCAUUUAGUUUUAGGUUAAUAUAAUUCUCUGAUCCUUUUAGGGCCAUUUAGUUUAUGUACUAAUACAUUCCUACAUUCAAUUGAAAUAAUUUGAGGGAAGGCAGCGUGUUGGAAAGAACACUGACUUACUUCAUUGAGAAGGUGAAGCAUUUGAGUCCUUGCCCUGAGACUUUAUUUGGCCAGACUUACCUUCUCCCAGCCUCAAGUCACUACCUUACCUACCUCACAGGGUUAUUGUGAGGAUCUAAAACUGUGCACUCACAAGCACUUUGUUGGUAAACUAUAAAUGUAAUGUCUCUAAUGUUACAGUUCUGAUGCUAAUGUCUUUUUUCGAAGAAAAUUUUGGCUAAUAUUUCUUCAGGUAUUCCAUUUCUCUCAUAGUGAGAGACUUUUUUUUUUAACUGUUGAAGAAUUAAGGUUUAAAAAUGCUAAAUGACAUGACUCAUCAUGGGCCACGUAGUUGACAGAAGAGCCAGACUUGGCUGCAAGUCACUAGAUUUCCAGCCUGCAGUCCUCUGCAGCAACAGACCAGUUCUGGGAUUUUGACAGUGUCUGUGAGUCACUACAGGACCAGAGGACCCAUAUGAUCUCCAUUAAACCAGUCUGAAUUUGGAAAUGGUGGAGUGUGUCGUCUAAAUUAUAGGGAGCUUUGCAAGAUCCUGUGCUGGCAUUCUUGAUCCUGGGGGAAUGGAAGUGGCUAAGUGCAGGUGCAAGGGGUUAGGGAGGGACCGGGGUGGCUAUCACUGUUUAGAGAGCAAAGUGGUGGGUUGAAGGUUUUUUCUUUCAUUCUCUUCCAUUAUAUGGAAUGCAUGUUAGUGUUGUGGCUCAUGGAGGAUAGCACUCAGCUGAUAACCCUAUCUCUGUUUCUGAAAGCAUCAUUGGAUAAUGGACCAGAAAUUUUUUUUAGUUAAUCCAGUGCAGUGGUUCUCAAAUUGAGAGGCCAGAACUGUAGCAUCAGCAUCAUCUAGGAACUUGUUAGAAAUGCAGAUUCAGGCAAGGCGCAGUGGCUCUUGCCUGUAAUCCCAACACCCUGGGAGCCUAAGGCAGUUGGAUCACCUGAGGUCAGGAGUUCAUUCAAGACCAUCCUGGCCAAUAUGGUGAAAUCCUGUCCCUACUAAAAAUAUAAAAAUUACCCAGGUGUAGUGGCAUGUGCCUGUAAUCCCAGCUACUUGGGUGGCUGAGGCAGGAGAAUGUCUUGAACCCAGGAAGUGGAGGCUGCAAUGAGUCGAGAUCACACCUGGUCUCAAACUCCUGACCUCAGUUAAUCCACCCACCUCAGCCUCCCAAAGUGCUGGGAUUACAGGCGUGAGCCACUGAUCCCAGCUACCUAUCAAUUUGUUAUUCAUGUUCAGCUAUCAUAAGAUGUGAGCUUUUUUUUUUUUUUUUGAGACAAAGUCUUGCUCUGUUGCCCAGACUGGAGUGCAGUGGCAUGAUCUUAGCUCACUGCAACCUCCGACUCCCAGGUUCAAGCAAUUCUCCUGCCUCAGCCUCCCUAGUAGCUGGGAUUACAGGCACACACCACCAUGCCUGUCUAGUUUUGUAUGUUUAGUAGAGAUAGAGUUUCAUCGUAUUGACCAGGUGGCUCUUGAACUCCUGACCUCAGGUGAUCCACCUGCCUCCGCCUCCCAAAGUGCUGGGAUUACAGGCAAGAGCCACCAUGCCUGGCCACCUGUCACUUUGAUUUUCAUGUUGUUCAGCUAUGGUAAAAUGUGAACUCUGGAAGCGGAAUGUGCGAUUUGCUUUGUGGCCCCGCCAGGCCCCUCUCUCCUCCCUUUCUUCCUGCCCAUCCUCCCCCAGCCAUGAGCAGGGAAUAUUUCAAUGCUAUUGCUGGGAGUGGAGGUAACCCUUUCCACAGUUUUCUUUUGUUUCUACCUCAUGACUAGAGAUUCGCUUCUUGAAUGUGCGCCACACAUCUGUUCUUUCUCACUCCAAAAUUGAGGUCAUCAUCAAGCCCCAUUAAUUUUACCUCCCAGAUUCCCCUUGAACCUGUCUUGUCACACGCGACCAUCUUCCCUGCCACUUUUCAGUCCCAAACAACCAGACUCUCUUACCUGAAUUCCUGUAGCAGCCUCCAGACUGAUCUUCCUGAUACUAUUUUUGCUCUGAGAAAACUCACAGAAACCAGAGUGAUCUUUUAAAAUCCUAAAUCGGGCCGGGCUCACACCUGUAAUCUCAGCACUUUGGGAGGCUGAGGCAGGCAGAUCACCUGAGGUUGGGAGUUUGAGACCAGCCUGACCAACACAGAGAGACCCCGUCUCUACUAAAAAUACAAAAUUAGCUGGGUGUGGUGACGCAUACCUGUAAUCCCAGUUACUCGGGAAGCUGAGGCAGGAGAAUCGCUUAAACCCGGGAGGCGGAGGUUGCAGUGAGCCGAGGUGCCAUUGCACUCCAGCCUGUCCAACAAGAGGAAAACUACAUUUCAAAUACAUAAAUAAGUAAAAAUAAAAUCCUAAAUUGAAUCGCAUUACUUCUCAGCAGCUUUCCAUUGCUUUUAGAAUGAAGACCCAAUCCUUACCCAGCCCUAAGAGACCCUUGUGGUUUUGUUACCUCAGACUCCAGCCUCUUCUGAUGUCCCUUUCCCUCUCCCUUGCCUCACUCAGCACUCUUGAAUUCUCUGCUCCUUGGUCAUGCCAAGGUUGUGCGCUCUUUAGAGCCUUGGUACUAACUGUUCCCUCGGCCUAGAAUGUUCCUCAUCCAGACCUUUGCAUUGCCUCCUACUUGUCAACCAGGUUUCAGCCUAAACUCAUAUCCUCAGGAAGACCUUCCUGACUAUCCCAUCUAAAUUAGUCACCCUCCAUCACAUUAUCCUUACACCUCCAUCAGAGUCCUUACACCUGUCUGAUCAUUUAUUAAUUGAUUUGUUUUUGGUAAACCCCACAAAAGGUGAGAGUCAUUUCUCUUGUUUCCAUUCUUUCCAUGGCGUUUAAAACAGUGCCUGGCACACGGUGGGUGCUCAAGUAAUGCUUACUGGAUGGAUUGAGUGCAUGUCCACAGGCAAGGAUCUCGUUGCACUGGAAAAGUAGCAGAGUGAGACAAAACUGGACAAGGGAGCAAAGGUCACACCAAGGAGGUUCUUAGCUGCCCAACUGGGGAGUUUGGAUCUUACUCCCUGGGGAAAAGGGUGUGGCUGGUGGUUUUAUAGGAGAGGAGAGGCGUGAUCAGCACUCAAGAAGGUCAGUUUGGCCACUGGGUAUAGGUCAUAUUACAGAGAAAAAAGCUGAAGGCUUUGAGACAAUCUGUGAUGUAAAGGGCUUAGCACAGUGCCUGGCAUGUAGUGAGUCUCCAGUGAGUCACUGUUAGCAACAAGCUAGGGAAGGCACCACAACAAAAAAAAAUCUCUAACCUGUCUUUCACCUCGAAAUAAUUCUUCCUAGACCCUAUCCUCGCAUUACUUCUCUGCCCCUUUUGUCAAACUUCCACUCACAGGUAUAUAUUCUCAGGGCUAUCAUGCCUAGGCCCUUUUAAAUAGGACUACCUACCCUAGCAUGCUUCUUUAACUGGAUGCUCAAAGGUCUUCUAGGGCUGAGCGUGAUGGCUCACACCUGUAAUCCCAGCACUUUGGGAGGCCAAAGCCAGAGGAUGGCUUGAGCCCAGUAGUUCAAGACCAGCCUGGGCAAUAUAGGCAGACCCUGAUUCUACAAAAAAUAAUUUUAACAAAUUAGCCAGGCAUGGUGAUGUGUGCCUGUAGUCCCAAGUACUUGGGAGGCUGAGGUGGGAGGAUUGCGGAUUGCCUGACCCUUGGGUGACACGCCAGAUUAGGUGACAGAGCUAGACCUUGUCUCUUAAAAAAAAAAAAAAUCCAGGCGUGAUGGCUCACGCCUGUAAUCUCAGCACUUUGGGAGGCCAAGGCAGGCUGGUCAUCUGAGGUUGGGAGUUCAAGACCAGCCUGGCUAAUAUGGUGAAACCCCGCCUCUAUUAAAAAUACAAAAUUAGCCAGGUGUGGUGGCACAUGCCUGUAAUCCCAGCUACUUGGGAGGCUGAGGUAGGAAAAUCACUUGAACCGGGGGGGUGGAAUGAGCCAAGAUCGUGCCAUUGCACUCCAGCCUGGGUAACUAGAGCAAAACUCCUCAAAAAAACCAAAAAAGACUGAAUUUCCACAUUUGAAGGUCUCUUGUUAGUCUUCCUUUAAUUCAACAGCUCUUUACUGUUUGAUGCCAUUUACAUAUGUUUUUUAUUUUUUACAGAUGGGGUCUUGAUCUAUUGCUGAGGCUGGAGUACCGUGGUACGAUCAUGGCCCAUUGCAGCCUCAACCUCCCAGACUCAAGCCAUCCUCCUGUCUCAGCCUCCUGAGUAACAGCUAGGACUACAACCACAAGCCACCAGGCCCAGCCUUUUAAAAUUUUUGGUUGAGGCUGGGCACGGUGGCUCAUGCCUGUAAUCCCAGCACUUUGGCAGGCCGAGACGGGUAGAUCACCUGAGGUCAGAAGUUCCAGCCCAGCCUGGCCAACAUGGUAAAACCUCUUCUUUACUAAAAAUACAAAUACUAGCUGGGAGUGAUGGUGGGCACCUGUAAUCUCAGCUACUCAGGAGGCUGAGACAGGAGAACCCCUUGAACCUGGGAGACAGAAGUUGUAGUGAGCCAAGAUCACGCCAUUGCACUCCAGCCUGGGUGACAAGAGCGAAAAUAAAAAAAAUUUUGGUAGAGACAGGGUCCCCUUAUGGUGCCCAGGCUCCCAGGCUGGUCUUGAACUCCUGACCUCAAGCAGUCCUUCCACCUUGGCCUCCCAAAGCAUUGGCAUUACAGGUGUGAGCCACUGCACCAGGCCCAUAUGACUUUUUAAAAAAAUUCUUUUUUCCAGUGGUGAUCGUGAGGUUGUGAGAUGAUUCUCCUACAUUUCUGGCUGCUUCUCUUCCAGUACCUUCCCUGGCUCCUCUGUUCCUCUGUUUUGUUUGUUUAUUUGUUUUGAGACGAAGUCUUGCUCUGUUGCCCAGGCUGGAGUGCAGCGCCUCAGUCUGAGCUCACCAGUUCACUGCAACCUCUGCCUGCCAGGUUCAAGGGAUUCUGGUUCCCCAGUCUCCAGAGACUAGGUAUCAUUCUAUCAAAUUCAGAAUUUUGACCUAACAUAGCUGGAUUAUUGCCCAGCAUGAUAAAACUUUUAAUUUUUUCAUGUUUAACUGAAAUUGUUAUUUGAUAAAUGUAAAAGAUUACUAAUAUCUAUGUCACAGGUCAGAUGCUCUUGGUUAUAAAUAGGCAACAUUUCUUUAUAGGCUCGGAUGUCCUUUGAGAUAAAAUGUAUUUAAAAUUAUUAUUGAACAGUGUCUCAUGUUGAACAACCCAACUAAAACUAAAGACAGUAACUCACACAUUUUCAAAUUUGAAAUCCACUAAUUGUUCAUCACAAUUAAUUGUGUAUUGUUACUUUGUCACCCAGGCUGGGAGCAAUGGUGUGAUCAUGACUCACUGCAACCUUGACCUCUGGAGCUCAAGUAGUCCUCCCAUCUCAGCCCUCCAUCACAGCCCCCCAAGUAUCUGGGACCGCAGGCAUGCACCAUCACCUGGCUACUCUUUUAAUUUUUGCAGAAAUGAGGUCUUUCUGUGUUGUCCAGGCUGGUCUUGAGCUCCUGGCCUCAGGUGAUCCUCUGCCUGGGCCUCCCGCAGUGCUGGGAUUACAAGCAUGAGCCAGUGCACCUGGCCACUUGCAUUAUUUCUGUGAGAAAUCUGUCAUUUUUAUCUUUGUUUUCCUGUAUAUUCUGUAAUUUUUUUCUUCUGGCCACUUAAAAUUUUCUCUUAGAUGAACUGGUUGAAGAAAUGUGAUUAUGAUGUGCCUCAGUAUGGUUUUCUUUAGAUUUUUGUGAUUACGGUUUGUUGAACUUUUUGGAGCAGUGGGUAUAUAGUUUUCAUCAAAUGAAGAAAAAUUUCUGCCAUUAUUUUUUGAAAUCUCCCCUUCUCUAUCAGAGAUCCUGGCUGCAUGUAUAUCCAACCACCUGAUGUUCUCUUCAUUCAUUAUUUCCCAAUCCUUUAGCCCUGUGUUAAUCUUGAAUAGUUUCUACUGCUCUGUCUUCAUGUUCACUAAGCUUUUCUUCGGCAAUUUCUAAUCUAUCACUUAUCCCAUCUUACUGUAUUUCCAGCUGGUUUUAGAAAAAAAGACCUUUUUACUGAACAUGCUUAAAUUUACUCUAGUUGGUUAUACAUAAAGAAUAGCAUUAUAAUAACUGCUUCAAUGUCCUUCUCUAUGAUUUUAUGAUCUACGGCAAUUUUCGAUCUGUUUUGACUGGUUGUUAUUUUCCUAAUUAGAGAUCAUAUUCUCCCAAUUCUUUGCCUGCCUGGCAAUUCGUGGUUCAAUGGUAGGCAUAGUGAAUCGUAUCUUGGUGGGUACUAGAUAUUUGUAUUCUUAAAACUAUCCUUAAAUUUUGUUCUGGUAAGUGAAUAAAUUUCUUUGAAAUAUCCCGGGCUCACUUUUAGGAUUUUUCGAAAGACCACAGGAGCAUUAAGUGUAGGGUAAUUUUCUCCACUUCUUAGGCAAACUCUGCUGAGUACUGUAGCCGACACCCCAAGAAUAAUGAGAUUUUUCUUUCUUUAGUUUUAUUCUAGUUGCUUUUGGGGCACAAGUGGAUUUUAGUUACAUGGAUCAAUUACAUUGUGGUGAAUUCUGAGAUUUUUGUGUACCUGUCACUCAAGUAGUGUUCAUUAUACCUAAUGUGUAGCUUUUUAUCCCUAUAAACCUUUACAUCCUAUCCCUUCUGAGUCUUCAAAAUCCAUUAUAUCGCUCCAUAUGUGUUUAUGUACUCAUAGCUAAGCUUGCACUUACAAGGCAAAACACACGGAUUUUGGCUUUCCACUCCUGUGUUACUUCACUUUCAAUAAACGGACUUUAGCUCCAUCCACGUUGCUACAGAAAUCAUUAUUUUGUCUCUUUUAAUAGCUGAGUAGUGUGUGUAUAUAUGUGUGUGUCACAUUUUCUUUAUCCACUCAUUAGUCAGUGGGCACUUAGGUUGAUUCCACAUCUUUUCAAUUGCAAAUUGUGCUGCUGUAAACAUUCAUGUGCAGGUGUGUUUUAGAUGGAACGGAUUCUUUUCCUUUGUGUAGAUGCCCAAUAGUGGAUUGCUGCAUGGAAUGGUAGAUCUACUCUUUGUCUUUAAGGAACAGCCAUACUGUCUUCCACAGGGCCGUACUAAUUCACACUCCCACCAGUAGUGUAUACGCAUUGAGUUUUUAAUAAUGGCCUUUCUUCAGGAAUCAUAUGGUAUCUGAAUUAUGUGAUUUUCCAUACAUGCUCACGAGGUUAGGCAUUAUUCUGAGCCCUGAAUUUUCUCGGAAGAUUGUCGUCUUCAAUGCUUUUGGGUAGUUUUACUUUUUACUUGGCAUCAGUUAGUUUCCUAAUAUGAAUAUGAAUACACUGAUCAGAGUCAGGGAAGGAGGAGGUCAGUUGUGUGGAUAACAGGGGGCCUGUGUGGAGGACAUGAGGCAAGAGUGUGAGGCCUGUUUGAGGAUGUUGAGAUGUGGCAGGUGCUGGAGAACAGUCAGAGGGAGAGACACAGGCCUGCCCAGCAGGCUUUGUAUGCCUUCGGGGUCUAAGUCCAUGGGAACUUAGGCAGGAAUGUGAGAGGAUCAGAUUUGCUGCCUGCUUUUGGGAAGAUGAAAGGGAGGUGUGAACACCCGCUAGGACACUGCUAGAUCAAUACAAUCAAGUUAGUGGGAGAGAAGCAACGAUAACUUUGAAGGGAGGGGCCCGCUGGGGUGACUCUGCCUGGAGUAGGCGAAGAGGGGACCUCUAAUUCCAGAGACCCAUGCUGUACUGGAGAAAGAGCAGGCAUGGAGAAAAGGUGAUCACCCCCAAACUCAUCCCCAUGCCCCAGAGUCCCCUGCUGCUGGGAUUCUCCCCUCCUCCUCCCAGCCCACCUCUCUCUCCUGGCCUCCAAUCUCGUUGCCACCUGCAGGGAAGAAGCACAGGUGGAGGCACAGGCAGAAGGCUCACCCGAGGGCUGCCCUGGGGUCUGUGCAGACCCAAGAGGGAGAGUGUGGAGGGUGUGAUGGGCUUCAGGCCAGCCUGGGGGUGUUGGGGUUACUGGCUUUCUUUGGAGAAGAAUGCAGCUGCUUGUGGGAAAGAUCUUAAGGAGGAAACCAGAACCUCUCCCUGUCCUGAGCUCUCAUCCCUGGGGGAGCCUCUUAUGACUGAGCCAUCCUCCCAGACUCCCAGGGAAAAACCCACAUUGGGUUUCACCUUUCAACAUCCUUCUUGCCACCCAGUGUGGGGAGGGGGCAGAACUGGCUGAGCAAAGCCAUACUCAGCCCCUGCUUAAGGGCUGGUCACUCCAGCUUCCAAAUCCUGGGUGGUGCCCAGUGCAGCUGGAUUCCUUCCUUUCCCCAGGCCCAGUUCUUACAUUCAGCCUUGUCCCUGGAGAUCUCAGCCCUACUUUCUACCUUCUGAGGGAGACUCUUGGCCCCAGCAGAGAGAUCUCCAAGGCCAUCUCCCACCCAUCUGCAGCACUGUUAGCCUGUGUCAACAGAACCCAUUCCCUCUGGACUUGGCAUUUUGCCUUUGGAAAGAGAGGUGUCGCUGUGCUUUAGGGACAUAAAGUGCCAUUUGGACCUGCUGUAAAGAGGCUGAGCACAUUUAUUCAGGUACGGAGGUAGCUGAUGAGGUCUGACCCAGUGAGGCGCUCAGGGUUUCCACUCGAUGACUUAGAUGGCGAUCUGUGCUGCCCGCUGUAAGGCCUCGACCCCAUGAGCCUUGCUGUAAGAGUCCUCCAGAACAUGGGAAGUGUGUGUGUGAGGCAGCAGGAACUUGCAGCCCUUGGAGGCCUCUGCCAGCACGGUGAGAGCCUUGGUGGUGGUCAGGUGCACCCUAUUCAUGGGUGAUACAGCAGUUCCAGGAUCGGGUUGAUGGCUUGUGCAUCCAGCAUCGCGUACGUCCCUGCAAGCCACCAACAUGAGGCAUUUCUAAUAGCCCAGGGGGCCUUUUCCCACCCCUUUUGCACCUGCCUCUUUUGACCCUCCUGGCUGUGCAAUUACAAGGGGAGCUGCCAGCCUGUCCCCCACAAUGCCAUCACCCCAAUGCUCUUGCAACUUUGCUGAGUCCAGCCUGGGCCCAGCCCCUUCAUUAUCUUCCUUUCCAGCCCCAAUUGGCUCCUUCCCAUUGACCUUGUUCCUAUCCCACAGGCCAGUCCCAACAAAGCGACACAAAUGAUCUUUUAAAAAUAUAAACCUGGCUGUGUUCAGUGGCUCACACCUGUAGUUCCAGCACUUUGGGAGAUGGAGGUGAGAGUAUUGCUUGAGCCCAGGAGUUCAAGAGCAGCCUGGGCAACCUAGUAAGAUCUCUUCUCUACAAACAAUUAAAAAAUAGCCAGGUGAGGUGACAGGCAGCUAUAGUCUCAGGUAUUCAGGAGGCUGAGAAGGGAGGAUCCCUUGAGCCCAGGAGUUUGAGGCCACAGUGAAUUAUGAUUGUGCCACUGCAGUUCAGCCUGGACCACACAGUGAGACCCCAUCUCAAAAAAAAAAAAAAAAAAAAAAGGAAACUCAAUAGAUUGUUUAUGUGGCCAGUAUUUCUUGAGCACCAAGUCUGUACCAGGUACAAAAAUACACAUGCCUCUCAGGAGACGCCCUCCUCACCCCUUCACUGCCCUUUCCUCCUGCCCUCACUAGCCCCACCCUCCUGCAGUGCCCGCUGAAUUCUUUCCUUUGCUGGCAGGACCUUUACUAGGCCUGAGCCCUGCAACUCCAGUUGACACUGUGGACUGUGGGUGAGAGAGAAGACACUGUGCCUCAGUUACCUCACCUGUAAUAGGAGACAUCACCUUCCUAGAGGGCUGUCUAAAUGUUAGGUUUGCAGACAAUGUCUGGCACGUCAGAGGCACUUAGUGUCAACUGGGUGUCAUGAUCGUCACCAGUGCUGCUUCUGUGCUCACCUUUCUCAUGGAGAGGGGACUUAACCAUGUCCUGUUUCCUCCUGGAGGUAGGGGCCAGUGGGUCCGGGAUGGGAUCCUGGAGCUUCCUCCUUCCCCUACAGCUUCCACACCAGCAAGGGGAUCAGACCUUUGCUGAUGAUGCCAUAGGCCCUGCAGGAGAGGAAAGGGUGCUGAGGGAGGGCCAGCCACACACCCACGCAUGCCGGUUUGUCUUCAGGUCCCGUGGAGGGUUUUCAGAGCAGGUGGUGGCUUUGACAAGAGGACUCACAAGUGUCCCUCGGCUCCCCAGCCAGAGACCUGAGCAGCCAGCAGGAGGCUGCCAGUGACAGUCGUGUCAGAGGCUGAGAAACGAGGGGCAGGGGAACUGGGAAGGACCAGCUUUUGGUCACCAGUGCCUCAGAAGACAUCUACCGUAGCAGGUGUACAGUGGCCUGAGAGGCAGCAGUCACCCCUGGGAAAGUCAGCAACUCAUUUUUCUGGGGCCCCAGGCACAUGAGGAGAUUCUCCAUUCUUCCCUACACUACCCCAGGGUGUGGGAGCCAGCCAAGCCUCAUUCCCACCCAAAGUAUUUCAAAGCCACUGGGCACCCCAGACUGGUCUGGCCAGCCCUGGGGAAGGGCUUGGAGUCAGCUCUGAGGUAGACCUAACGUGUAGGCUAGUGUCUUACACACCAAAAAGAGCUGUGUCACUAAAGGUGACGGGAAGCCAUAGGCUCUGGCCAAGGGGUCUUGAAGGGACCUGGGAUCCCAUGGGAAAGGGGAGCUCCAUAUGGCACAGCUCAGGUGCAGGUACUGGGAGGGGCACAGUGAGGCAAGGCUCCUUCAUAAACAGGCCCCACCUUGUUCCUCCCAGCUGGAGCUGCAAGCCUGGGGGGAAAGAGGCCAGCCCAGCCUGCAGAGCCUGUGGGGCAGUAAAGGGCGAGAUAUUCCAGGAAAUGUGGGAGUCCUGCGGGGAGAUAAGCCAGAGGGGUGAGGAGGAAGCUUAUCCCCUAUAGGGGCCUGGGUAGACACUGGCUUUAAUUAAGGAGUUGAUAUUUUGCCCACCAUGGAUUUGAUUUGAAUUAUUUUUAUUUUCAAUAGCAUAUUACAAAUAGUAUUUAUCUUGAUUCCUGAGAUUUCUGGCUCCCCUUAAAUUAGGCACCAAGGUCACUGCCUCGCCUGCCUCUCCCUAGUGCUCCAUGUAGGACAGAAACUAAGGCAGGGGCAGGAAGUCCCCAGUGGCUGUUGGCUACUGUCCCUGCAGGGUGCCCAGGUCUCCUCCUCCCUCUUUCUCUCCUCCUUUUCCCACUUAUGUGUCACUGUUAAGGUCCCUAGGUCACUAGACCUUAGCCGAUUCCUCCAGGGAGUCCAAGCCCUCAUAGAGUGCAGGUGCCUCUGAGGGAAAGGCCUGGGGAAGCAUCUGUGGGGCACCAUGGUGCAGGCCACCUCUCUGUGUGACCCCAGCCCUCACUCUCUGUGUGUGGCAGGAGGUCCCUGGAUGAAGCAUCGAACAUCAGCGACAAUUUGUGACCAUCUGGGACCCAACAGCCCAUGUAUCACUGGUGCACUUGAUACCCCACAGAUGGUAAUCAUUUUAGACACAGAAUAGGCAGAUUCUGCUGUGAUCCCCAUUGUGCAGAUGACAAUAGAGGCCAGGGAAAGGAGGCGGCCUGCCUAAGGUCACUCAGCUCAUACUUAGACUGAAGGCUGCUGGCCCUGGCUGAUGCCUGUCACCCAAAAAGUCACCUGGUCACCAGGAAACAACCAAGUCAGGCUACUGGCUCACAAUGCCCUGCCCCACAGCCCCACCCAAUGGCUCACAGUGCCCAUCCCUGUGGUCACCUGUUUCCUCCUGGAGGUAGGGGCCAGUGGGUCCAGGAUGGGAUCCUGGAGCUUCCUCCUUCCCCUACAGCUUCCACACCAGCAAGGGGAUCAGAACUUUGCUGAUGAUGCCAUAGGCCCUGCAGGAGAGGAAAGGGUGUGACUGCCUUAUUCCCCCACUCUGUGUUCUUGUAGCUCCUGUUUAAAACCCAGAGGAGUGUACACUUGGCAGUGAGGAGGAGGAGGUGGCCUCUGACAUGGUAACAUACAUCUCUUUGUCUGGAAAUUUUUUCUUCUGGGGAUUCUAGACUAUAAAGUGAAUAUGAUUUUUGACUGCCAUCAUAAAUUAGGCCUCGGGGGUCUUGGACUCUAGCGACUGGUCACAGGAGAUUACAACCAACUGAGGCCUGAUGGAUGAUAUCCAUGAAAAGAGGACAUCACCUACAAACUGGUCAUGAGCACAUUUCUCAGUAGCAGCGUUUUCUUCUUGAAAAAAUAAUUUUGUAUUUCCUAGAGAACAUAGACACCUGUGAAAUUUUCCAAACGCACUGCAUUAUCUGCAAGCAUACUGUAUGUGUCAUCUGGGGCCAGAGACUUGAUCACUGUUGUACAUUUGGUUUUCUCGUUGUUGUUUUGAAACAGAGACUUUCUCUGUCACCCGGCUACAGUGCAGUGGUGUGAUCUCAGAUCACUGUAACCUCCACGUACUGGGUUCAAGCAAUUCUCCUGCCUCAGUCUCCCGAGUAGCUGGGAUUACAGGCUCACACCACCACCAUGCCGGGUUUCUUGUAGUUUUCAGUAGAUGCAGGGUUUCACCAUGUUGGUCGCCAGGAUGGUCUCAGUCUCUUGACCUCAUGAUCUGCCCGCCUUGGCCUCCUAACGUGCUGGGAUUACAUGCGUGAGCCACACCGUGCCCUGCCUGGCAUCUGGUUUUCUAAUGUCACCAAGUGAAUACAAGACCUGUGCCAACAGGACUCAGCAUGAUAUAAUCCUCAUGGGGUUUCCUUUUCUUUUAUUGCAGGAGAAGCCUGCGGCCCAGUAUCACCGCUGUACUUUUUCUUUUAAACAGUUACUGAGACGUAGUUGACAUGCAAACCAAUUCACCCAUUUAAAGUAGGUGAUUCAGUGUUGUUACUGUAUUGACAGGGUUGUGCAACCAUUGUUAGAAUCUAAUUUUAGAAGCUCUUGGUUCCCUCUCAGAACACCCCCUUAGUAGUGACUCCUCUGUUUUCCCCAACCCCACACCCCUGGUUCUAGGCAGCCCUAAUCUACCUCCUGUUCCUAUAGUACACUGCCUUUCUGUGUUAACCGGUUCUUCAAAUAACGAUUUCACAUUGAUGAGGUUGCCCUAGCUAGGAAGCCAAGGCUCUUUCAUUCCUUUCUGCCCCUCUGCUUUUCCUUCCUUCCGCACCAAGGAGAAUGGUCCAGCAGCAGCUCAGUCCGUGCUAGUCAAACGCCCAGCUCCACACACUCCAGCCUGGUCCACAUUUCCCAAAGCUCCUUGUGAGAUUCCUCAGCAGCACCAAUGUGCUGACUGUCACUCUGUGUUCUCUUAGGUCCUGUUGAGGUCCUACAGGACCUCAUCAUAGAAGACAUUGAAGAUUACGAGAUGCCCCCUGACGUGGUAAGGUGCAUUUCUUCGUCUCAAAGAGCAAUGCUUUUUUCUGGGGCCUCUGGAAUAUCAAGUGAGUAUCAGACCUCAGUUGUCAUGGACUCUAGCGACCAGUCAGUGGAGUUUCUGACCAACUGAGGCCUGAUUGACGAUGUCAGUCAAAAGAUGGCAUAACUUACAAUCUGGUCGUGGGCAUAUUUCUCAGUAUCAGCAUUUCCUUCUUGAAAAAUGUAUUUCCCAGCCAGCAUAGACACUUGCUAAAUAUUCCAAACCCACUGCAUUUUCUGCAAGAAUCCCCUGUGCUCCAUUUGGGGCCCUUGACUUCCUCACUGUUUGAUAUCUGGUUUUUUUUUUUGUUUAGUUUUGUUUUUGAGACAGAGUCUCUCUGUCAUCAGGCUACAGUGCAGUGGUGUCAUCUCAGAUCACUGCAGCGUCUACCUACUGCCUUCAAGCGAUUGUCCUGCCUCAGCCCCCUGAGUAGCUGGGAUUACAGGCACGUGCCACCACGCCUGGCUAAUUUUGUAUUUUUAGUAGAGUUGGGGUUUCUCCAUGUCUCUACUAAGAACAUUUACAAGCAAUGAUUCAGGCCGGUCUUGAACUCCUAACCUCAGGUGAUCCGCCUGCCUUGACCUCUUAAAGUGCUGGUAUUACAGGUGUGAGCCACCACACCCAGCUGUAUAUGUGUAGCUUUUUAAGAAACUGCUUGACCUUUUCCCAAAAUAGUGAUCCAAUAUUACACUCAUGCCAGCAACGUGUAAUAAAAGUUCAUUUGCUCUACAUCCUUCCCGUCAUUUGAUGUUAAUCAUCAUUUUAAUUUUAGCCAUUCUGGUGGGUGUGCAGUGAUAUCUCAUUGUGGCUUUGAUUUGUAUUUCCUUGACGGCUAAUGAUUUUGAGUAAUUUUUCCAUGUGCUUAUUGUUCAUUUACUGUAUUACUUUCUUUUUAAAGUUUUUAUUUUAAUAUUUUUAAUUAAAAGGAAGUAUAAACAUGAUGACCUCUGGGUAGGGAAGGACUGAUCAAGCAAGUUACAUAAGGCAUUUACAUAAAGGAAAUGUUUAAUAAAUUCAACUAUGUUAAAAUAAAGAACUUCUGUUUAGAAGAGAGUGAAAAAUUGGAAAAGGUUGGGACAGACGUGGCGCUGAGAGGAAAUCAAAUAGCUAAUAAGUAUAUGAAAAGAUGUUCAACCUCAUUGGGGAAAUGCAAAUUAAACCCACAAUGAAAUAACAUACCCAUCAAAUUGGCAGACAUUUAAAAGACUGACAGUAGUUUCAGGAACUGCUCAACAUUAGGUAGAAGCGUAAAUUAGUUCAACCACUAGGGAAACCAGUGUCAUUACAGGUAGAGUUGAACAUGUGAGCCUGUGACACAGCAGCUUCUCUCCUAGAAACUGUCUUUACUGGAAACAUGUUUGAAGAUUUUCAGAGCAGAUUAAUUUUAAUUCCAAACUUUCCUGUAAAACCCAAAUGUCCAUUAACAACAUGACGGAUAAACAAGUUAUGACAUGUUCAAAGAAAGGAAUACUUUACAGCGGUGAAAAAGAUGAAUGAAUUACAGCUCUAGGUAUUAACUUGGAUAAAUCUCAGAAACAAUGUGGAGAGAAAGAAGAAGCCAUCAAAACAUUUAUAAGCUAUGAUUCUUUUCAUUUAAACAUUAAUAGUAUGGGAGUGGUGGCUCACACCUGUAAUCCCAGCACUUUGGGAGACUAAGGCAGAAGGAUUACGUGCUAUGUUGUCCAGGCCAGGAGUUUGAGAUGAGCCUGGACAACAUAGCAAGACCCCAUCUUUAACAACAAAAAAAGAGAUUAAUAGCUAAACAAUAUAUAGUAAUGUACACAUAGGUGUCAACAGAACGUAAAAUCAGUUUAAGCAAUUAAAGUUUAUUUUAAGGACUUAAAUGUUUAACUGGUUAAUUUGAGUGCCUAAUAUAGAAGCUUUAGAAGGAUAGUAGGCCCUGCUCUCAGGGAACAAUUAGUCCUUUCUGGAAAGGUGGGGUAGGUGUCUGACCUGGAAGUGAUGAUGGGACCUUGAGGGAUGGAUCAUGGAGGCAGGAGCUUGGUCUGGAUUGGUCAUAAGGUACAGAAAGAGGAAAGGAGGGAGAGGUUUGACCUGCGCUUAAAAGACUGGGAGAUAUUCUCACUCAUAGGUGGGUGAUGAAAAAUGAGAACACAUGGACACAGAAAGGGGAGUACUAAACACUGGGGUCUAUUGGGGGGGGAAAGGGGAGGGCCAGUGGGAGGGGGAGGUGGGGAGGGAUAGCCUGGGGAGAAAAGCCAAAUGUGGGUGAAGGGGAGAAGAAAAGAAAGCACACUGCCAUGUGUGUACCUAUGCAACUGUCUUGCAUGCUCUGCUCAUGUACCCCAAAACCUAUAAUCCAAUAAAAAAUUAAAAAAAAAAAAAAAAAAGACUGGGAGGAUGUGGAUAAGUGGAAAAUAUAUCUCUGGAUAAGGGAAGGGUGUGGGGCUUGGGUACAUGCUCCAAUUAUGAGGAGCCUGACCAGGGAUAGGAGGGAAGGUCUAAAAGCCAUGUUGAGUUUGAAGUCCAUCCUGUAACCCUUAGAGAACUCCCAAAGACAUUUCAUUUUCAGAAGGGUAGUCAAAGGAUAAACAUAUUUCAUGAAGAUUAGGUUUCAGGCAAAAAUUACAAUAGGAGGGGUAAGGGAAAGCUAGAGGUGGGGCAUUAUCCAGGACCUAUUGACCAGGUAUGACUACCUUAGUGCAGUGGUUUGGGAAAGGAAGGAAUAAGGGAAGGAAAAACUGACAGACUAGUGGCAGAGUGGAUUCAGGGAGUGAAGGGGUGGAGAGUGGAGGGUGACUCAGAGGUUGGGGUUUACCAGCUUAGAAGGACGGUGAUAACACACCACAAUUUGUACAGUGCUUUAUGGUUUACCGAAAGCUAUUUUUAUACAGCAUCGCAUUUGACGUUCCCCAGACCAUGGGGAGGUAGAAAGGAGGGAUUUUAUUUUCCCUGUUUAAGGCCUACAGAAGCAGAAAUUCAGAGACUGAAUGACUUGUUCAAGUUUGUGGUGACCACUUACAGAAACCGGUUCAUUGUAAUAGAGUAAGUCAGAGGAAAGAGAAGUUAAGGAGUUUUUAAAAAACCUUUGUCUUUUGGUUCUGGGUUUAUCUUACAAAAAUAAACUUUUACUUUUUCUGAUUGUAAAAAUCAUAUUUAUAAGUCAGAGGAAAGAGAAGUUAAGGAGUUUUUAAAAAACCUUUGUCUUUUGGUUCUGGGUUCAUCUUAGAAAAAUAAACUUUUACUUUUCCUGAUUGUAAAAGUCAUAUUCAUUGUAGAAAUCUUGAAAAAUAUAGAAAACAACAAGGAUCACUUAAAUUGUACAGUCAUUCAAAUUGCGCAUUCAGGAGAUAAUGUCUCCUAAAAUGGUGGUGUGUUUUUUUCCAUCCAUGUAGAUUGCUUUAAAUAACUAAUUUGUAUUUUUUAUUUCGGCUGGGCGCAGUGACUCAUACCUUUAAAUCCCAGCACUUUGGGGAGGACAAGAUGGGAGAAUCACUUGAGACUGGGAGUUUGAGACCAGCUUGGGAAACAUAGCAACACCCCCAUUCUCUAUCAAAUAAAGGAAUAAAUAUAUUAGCUGGGCAUGAGGCACAGGCCUUUAAUCCCAGCUACUUAGGAGCCUGAGGCAGGAGGAUUGCUUGAGGCCGGGAGUUUGAGGUUGCAGUGAGCUAUGAUUAUACCACUGUUCUCCAACCUGGGGACAGAGUGAGACCCAGACUCUUAAAAAGCAAAAGUAUUAUUUUUUUUAAAAUUUUUUUUAAGUGGUUAAUGCAUAUUUUAUGUGUUUAAAAUGGAGACCUCUAUUGUGUUUAUUUGUUCUGGCUCUGAGUUCAAGUCCUGGAUAUCAUUAUCAAUUUGUUGUCUCGUUGAAUCUAAAUCUCAUUAUGUGUCUUAUGUAUCUGGGUGUUAAGAUCUCUUAUUGUUGCAUUAAUCCUUUUACCCUUGCAUCCUUGUAGCUUUGAAAUCUAUUUUAUUAAGUGUGAGAAUUGCAACUCCUGCUUUUUAUUUAUUUAUUUUUGCUCUCCAUUUGGUUGGUGAGUUUUUUUCCAUCCCCUUGUUUUGAGUCUUUGUAUAUCUUUAGAUAUAUCAUUAGAUUUUGUGGAUAAUGUAUAUUUUGUGUGUUUAAAAUGGAGAGCUCUAUUGAGUUUAUUUGUUUGGAUCUUAGUUCCAGUCCCGGAUAUCGUUAUCAAUUUUCUGUCUCGUUGAAUCUAAAUCUCAUUAUGGGUCUUAUGUAUCUGGGUGUUAAGAUCUCUUAUUAUUACAUUAAUCCUUUUACCCUUGUAUCCUAGUAGCUUUGAAAUCUAUUUUGUCAAAUGUGAAAAUUGCAACUCCUGCUUUUUAUUUAUUUAUUUUUGCUCUCCAUUUGGUUGGUACGUUUUUUUUUUUUCCAACCCUUUAUUUUGAGUCUAUGUAUAUCUUUGGAUAUACCGUUAGAUUUUGUCUGUAUCUUUUGAUUGGGAGAUUUGGUCGAUUUAAAUUUAGGGUUGCUGCUGUUUGAUAUUAACUGGCUAUUUGUCCUUUCGUUGAUAAAAAUUCUUCUUUAUGUUAAUGUUCUUUACUUUUUGGUGUAUUUUUAGAAAGGGUCAUACUGGUUGUUCCUUUCUGUGUAUAUGCUUCUUUUAGAAGUUCUUGUAAAGCAGGCCUGGUGGUAAUAAAAUCUCUGAGUACUUGCUUGUUCCUAAAAGAUUUUAUUUUUCCUUCAAAUGUAAAGCUUAAAUUGGCAGGAUAUGAAAUUCUGGGCUGAAAGUUCUGUUGAUUAAGUAUAUUGAAUAUUGGCCCCCACUCUCUUCUAGCUUGUAGGGUUCCCGUUGAGACAUCUGCUGUAAGCCUAAUAGGCUUACCUUUAUGGGUAACUUGAUCUUUCUCUCUGGCUGCCCUUAAUAUUUUCUCCUUCGUUUCGAUCUUGGUGAAUCUAACGAUUAUGUGCCUUGGGGUUGGUCUUCUUGAGGAAUAUCUUUGUGGUGUUCUCUGUAUUGCCUGGGGUUGAAUAGUGUCCUGCUUUGCUAAAUUAGGAAAAUUUUCCUGGAUAAUGUCCUGGAGAGUAUUUUCCAGCUUGAAUUCAUUCUCUCCGUCACAUUCAGGUACACCAAUCAAGCGUAUAUUAGGUCUUUUCACAUAGUCCCAUAUUGCUUGGAGACUUUGCUCAUUCCUUUUUAUCCUUUUUUCUCUAUUCUUGUCUUGUCGUUUUGUUUCAUUAAGUUGGUCUUCGACCUCUGAUACCCUUUCUUCUGCUUGAUCCAUUCAGCUCUUUAAGCUUGUACAUACUUCACUAAGUUCUCGUGUUGUAUUUUUCAACUCCAUAAGUUCAUUUGUAUUCCUCUCUAUAUUGUCUAUUCUUUUCAACAUUUCAUCGAACCUUUUUUCCAAGUUCUUAGUUUCUUUACAUUGGGUUAGAACAAGUUCCUUUAACUCCCAGAAGUUUCUUAUCAUCCACCUUUUAAAGCCUACUUCAGAUAAUGGAACACAGUCCUUUUCCAUCAGGGCUUGUUCCGUUACUGAUGAGUCCUUUUCCAUCAGGGCUUGUUUGGUUGCUGAUGAGUCCUUUUCCAUCAGGGCUUGUUCCGUUGCUGAUGGGUUCUGAUUUUGAGUAUACUCGGCCUUCUUAGUCUGUUUUUUUCCCUUCAUUGUAGAUGACCCGCCUUUCUAAUUAGGUUUCUGAGUCGACGUCCGACUUAUUGAUUCCCAGUAUUGGGAUCCGAGCAACCCACUGUGGCGGCCUAAAUAGCAGCGAUAAGACUGAUGGUGCUCUUCUGCCCGGGAAUCUCUGGUCUGGCUUCCCUCUUGAGUCCGCAACAAGCGGCUCUGACUUCCCGGAGCUCCAGACUCUGGUCAGUAGGGGAGGCAGUCCCGUUGGCUCUGCAUUAAGAGCCGCUGCGCCGAGAUGCCGGCAAAACCGCUGCGGCGGCCACAAGAGUCGCGCUGGCGACCUGUGGGGCUCCUCCACUAGGAAUCGGCUGAUCGGUGAGUGACGAAAAUUCGUCUAAAACUGUGGUGUCGUCUCCUUCUCUGGGCUUUCACUGGGAGCUACAAUCCUGAGCUGUUAGUGGUCGGCCAUCUUGGAUCCAUGCAAAAAUAUUUUUAAAGCAGUUUUCUGUUUUAGUUCUAGUAAACAUUUAGCUAUUAUUUAUUUAAAUGUCAUUUUCUUAAAUUUUCUCAUUUCUCCUCUUCAGCUCCCUCUAAAAGAUAGAUUGAGACACAUCUUGAUCUGUCCUCCGAGUCUCUUCACUUUUCUUUUAUUUCCCCUCUCUGUGCCGUCUUCUGGAAGCAUUUUUAAACUCAGUCUUUUAAGUCACAAAUUUAUUCCUUAAGGUCUGCUCAGCUCUUUAGCCCACUGAGUUUUUAAAUUUGAGUUUUUGCCCUCAAUCUGUGGUUUGCUGUUUUUCAUGACUGCUUAUUCAUGUUUUAUGGUUGCAGCAUACUCCGUUAUCUUUUUGAGGAUAUAAAUUAUACUCACUUUAAAGUCCUAUUCUGAUUGCUGUUUAUUAAAAAUAGUCUUUAUUGAAUUAUAAAUGCAGUCAGCAAGGUGUACAAAAUCCCUAAGUGUAUACAGCGUGAUGAAUUUUCCUCAUGCUCCCAGGUAAUCACCACCCAAAUCAAGACAGAACAUUUCCUGCAUUCCAGAAGGCUGCCUUAGGGGUCUUCACUGUUUUUUGGUAUUUUUAACAUUUUUACAGCAAUCUUGAAGGAUUUUCACAGGGUGCCCCUGUAUAUCCAAUGCCUGUAUUUUAUAUUAGCAUUUUAGUGUACCUGCUUUAUCACGUAUAUCCAUAUUUUCAUUCUUCUACCUGUCAUUCUCCUUUCUCUUUGAUACAUUUUAAAGUCAUUGUAAAUGUUAGUAUACUUCCCCUUACAUACUUCGGCAUGAGUUUGAUAUUUGUUUAGUUUUUUUCCUUUUGAGGCCGCAUUUACAUACAAUGAAAUGCACAAAUAUUUAGUGUAUAUUUGCUGAGUUUUGACCAAUGUAUACCUCUAUGUAAUCCAAACCUCUGUGAAGCUAUAGAACAUGGUUUUCACCCCGGAAAGCUUCAUCAUGCUCCUUAUUGGAGAAUCUCUUCUUGCAACCACCCUUCUGAUUUUUUUUUCUGCACCAUGGAUUAGUUUUGCCUGUUCUAGAACUUAAUGUAAGUGGAGUUAUACAGUAUGUAUUUUUUUUUCUUUCUUUCUUUUUUUUGAGGCAGGGUCCCCCUGUGUUGCCCGGCUGGAGUGCAGUGCUGUGGUCAUAGUUCCUGCAGCCUUGACUUCCCUGGCUCAGGUGACUCUCCCAUCUCAACCUCCCGAGUAGCUGGGACUACAGGUACUCAGGAUCUCACUGUGUUGCCCAGGCUGGUCUCAAAUUCCUGGGCUCAAGCAAUCCUCCUGCCUCGGCUUCUGAAAGUGUUGGGAUUAUAGGUAUGAGCCACUGUGCCCAGUGUAUAUACUCUGUCCCCUGAACUUGUCCAUGAAGCCUAGCUUGGCACCGCCAACACUCUGCACAGCAAUCAUGAUUCCCACUCAGACCACUCUGGGGCCAGGGCUGGGUUGCUCUUACCUGUUGAUAAAUAGGAAAAGUUUCCCUUCCCCAUCAAGAACACAAGGCACCACCUCUCAACUGUCUUCUCUCUACUUCUCCCCACUCGCUUUCUCUCAGCCCUGGUUUCUUUCCAUCCAAACCUGAUGUUUUCUGGAGUAGAAGGCCCUCCAGUUGAAGCUGGUCCCUGGGCAGGGAGGGGCUCUCAGGAAGGAGUGGCCAGGCAGCAGUUACAUCACUUGACAGACGUUCAAAGCAAUAUAAUCACUCCCAUUUCCCUUGAUGAUGUCCCACCCCACCACGCGUAGCUUGGGCAAUGGAAAAUGAGGAAUGCUGGGACUUUGAUAUUUUUGAACUGGAGGCUGCCACCCACAAUAGGUGAGUUCAUGCAGAGCUCAGCAGCGGGAGAACUGGAUUCCCAGGGCCUGUGUGAGGAGGCUACCUAAGGAUUGUGGAUUGUGCACAGAGCUGGUCCCUGGGCAGAGAGGGGCUCUCAGGAAGGAGUGGCCAGGCAGCAGAUAGCUCUGGGUCACCAGGGCCUGGGGGAGAGUCUGCUGGCCACAGUAAUGGCACGUUCAUGGAAAGCAUGCAACUAUGCCAGUGACUUCUCCAAGUAGCACAGGACUUUUUUCUGUGAAAUAAAAGUAUUUCUCCUGUAGGUGGUAAUACGUAAGAGAUGUGCUCAGAGCCGAGAACCAAAAUUUAUUAGAAACCCACAUACAGAUGUGGUAAGAGCUGCCCCCAGAUCCUGAUUGCUGUGUUGCGGAUAGGCAUAGGGACAUGGGAAGAGCAAAAUGAUAAUCCAAAGUGGCUCCCGGAAGAAAAAAUUAGUACAAGAAAAUAAAGUUCUAGCCAAACUAGUUAAGAUAUAUCAAGACGGGGUCCAAAGUGGCUCCCGCCGGAGGUCAUGGAGCUUGCGAAAGGCGAGGUCAUCAGUUCAAGGCUAACCUGAGCAACCUCAUAAGCUCAAACUGAUUGGCAAAAAAAAAAAAAAAAAAAAAAAAAAAAGGAUAUAUAAAGACACAAAAAUGUACACAUUUAAAGUAGGAAAUAGUAGAAGGAAGUACUGCACACAUAGGUACUAUAUCAAAAGCUUUAAAAUAGUUUUUAAUGGAAUGUUUUAAGUUAAAUUGAUGUAAGGAAAAAAACAGGUCAUUAACAUGGAAGUAAUUUUAGUAAUUUUUAAAUUACUGACUUUCUUCAAAAGUUGGCUCCUGACCCAGAUAGACAGGCAAAUUCUUUAGCCCUUUAAGGUAUUUUUCCAUGUUACAUAAAUCCUUCUAGAGCUUUGAAAAAGAUGGAAAACUUCCAGAUCAUUUUGUCAAACUCACAAAACUCUGACAUCAACCUGACAAAGGCAGCACUAAAGGGGGAAGAAAACUAGACCAAUUCCCAGUUAAUGUUAAGUGGUGCCUAUUUUAAAUUGUAUUUGAAAUUAUUUCUUAUCUUUAUUAAUAUUAGUUUAUAUUGGUCUCAGUCAAUAUCUCAGACAAAGGACUUUUUUUGUGACGGGUCUAGAGAAAGACUGGCUGAGGAGGUGACUCCUAUCUGUUGAAAACAUCUGUAUUUUGGUAAGUCCUUAACUUGUGUGAGACAAACAUUUGCAGAAAUGUAACUGUUUUAGUGUGGGGAGAUAGGAAAACUAGAUUUGCUCAGGCAGUCUGCUUUUCUUAGAAAUCUGAAACAUUGUUACCUUAAAGUAAUAGGGGAGAAAGAGAACUAUACAGAAGGCUUCCUUGCCUUCACUGAAAAAGAGAAGCUUUUAAAAAUUUGAGUUAGGACAUUGAAGGCAAGGAAGCCUUUUGCAUAGUUUUUAAAAGCUCUCUUUUUCAGGAAACAUUCAGUCCAGUUAAUGAGGUCACUGCACUCAUUGCAGCCACCAUUCAUGAUGUGGAUCAUCGCUCCUCCCUGUGUGAUGCUGGAGUUGGCCAUUUUAUAUAAUGAUAUCGCUGUGCUACGGAGCCACCAUGCGGCCUUGGCCUUCCAGGUGACCAUUGGAGAUUGUAAAUGCGAUAUAUUUAAAAACAUAGAGAGGUAAGAACAAUGACUGAGGAUUCUGUUGACACCUCUUUGUCUUUUUCUUUUAUACAGCUAUAUUGAGAUAUAAUUCACAUGUUACACAGUUGGCCCAUUUAAAGUGUACAGUGCGCCAGACAUAGUGUUAGGUAUUUCCACUUUAGGGCCUCCGUGUGUACGUCAACGUCUGCAGGGGUCUAAGGCCAAGUUCAUCAUCUGUGUUCCCAGCACUGCUCCCACCCAGGGUUAUCUGCCUAAUCUAGGGUUCUGUCAUCCAACCAGAAACCCAGGCUAGAAACUGAGUCAUCCUUGGUUCAGGGUUCUGUCAUCCAACCAGAAACCAAGGCUAGAAACUGAGUCAUCCUUGGUUCAGGGUUCUGUCAUCCAACCAGAAACCCAGGCUAGAAACUGAGUCAUCCUUGGUUCUUUCUGCUCCUCAGCCUCUGACAUUGGCUGCAGCUACAAGAUUCCAUUUAUCUCCUUUCUGCUCCCACUCCCAGAGGAGAAUCUGCCACUCCACGCCCCCCAUCCUGGCUCCUCCUGAAUGUCAAAAUUAUUACCGUAACUCUUAAUUCUUUUCCCCACCGACCAUCUCCUUUUGAGGACAUGGACCAUACCUUACCAUUUUCACCUCCCUAAUGCCUAGCUUAGGGCAUCACACAUGGUGGGUGCCCAGUAAAGGUUUCUUGAAUGGAAUGAAAGAGGGAAGAAUGAAGGAACAAAUACCCCGAAGUUCCCAGCCCAGGCUCAUCAGGUGGCCACGUGGAUAUUACUCAACAUGCAGCUCAGAGGAAGGAGAGACACUUCCGGCUCCAUGUGGUUGAGAAGAGGAGAAAUGUGUAGGUGUGAACACUUGGAGAGGGUGCAGUGUCAUGUCUCAUGAAAGGACCAGGUGUCAUGGCUAUUCCAGAGACGGAAGGCAGAGCAGUUGUGCUGACGCAGCACAUUCGUGGGAAACAGCAAGAGAUGAAAGGCACGGUGCUGAAAGCUGACUGGACCUAUCCUUGAAUGCCGGGAAGUUCUUUGUCUCCCAGGCGCUGAAGGAUGUUGAGCAGGGGAGCCACAGAAUCAAAGUUUCUGAUUUAGUAGAACUUUGGCUUGUGCACAGGAAGGUGCAGGUUUUUGGUGAAGCAGAUGUGUAUUUAUUGAGCUUUGAUACACAUGCUGCUUCUAGCACAUGCCAGGCAGAGUACUGAUCACAGAGGAAAGACAGGAAAAACUGUCCCCGCCCCCAGGUCAUUCACGUUAGCAAGGAAGGAAAGCCAGCAGAGCACUGCUGGGGUGGUGUGGAGAGGCUGUUUUAGGGGAGGUUUCCGAAAAGGUAUGAUACCCGAACUGCAUCUUCAAAGAAGAUAUAGGGUAAGCGGGUGGGGAAGGUGGCAUGGGCGAGGCACAUUCCCAAGUAAGUGUUGGGUGCCAAGUCACAGAAGUUUGGGAGGCAAACUGACAAAUCAUCAGUAGUUCAAGGUGGCUGGAGAGAGGGGGACAGACCUUAUGAGACUCUGGGUGCCACACUGAGGAGUCUGAAUCUUACCCUAAAAACAAGGAUGAGCUGUUGAAGUGUUUUGAUUGGGAGAGAUCUGGUUGGAUUUUUGUUUUAGAACAAUUGCUUAGCUUUCUGCAGAGAAUACAUUGAAGUGGGUAAGGUUGGUGUUUUGGAACCGAUCAGGGAGGCUAUCGUUAUAAUCCAGAGAGGAUGACAAGUGUCUGAGCUCAAACAGGGAUAGAGCAGGGGAUGGACUCGAGGUGUUUGGGAGGUAGAAUUUUUAGAUUUGGCUGACCCAAUGGAAGGAGAGGAGAAGGGAGGGGGAGAAGUGAUGGAUGACUUCUGUCUACCUUAUGGUAGAUGCUGUUCCGUGACCUGGGUUAAAGAACAGAUUUGGAAAAAGAAAAAGAGCUAGUGGUGGAUAAUCAAUUCAUCUGCAGUUCCUGAGGAGUAUCCAAAUGAGGUGGUAAGUGGUUAGUUAAGUCUGGAGCUCAGGACAGAGACCUGGGGUAAGAUGGCAACAUGGGAAUUAAUUAGAUCUAUAGGAAGGAAUGAGAUCUCCCGAGGAGGUUUUGUUGAGAAACUGAGAAGGGCUAAGGAUAGAACCUUUGGAAAACCACCUUUGGAAAACCAGGGAUGCCGAGGAAGAGGAAAUCAUGGAAGAAAGUAGAAAGGAAUGGUAAGAGAUGGAAGGCAAACCACGAGAAUGUGGACUCUGCAAAUAGGAGCGUCCAGAAAGGGAUCAGUUGUGUCUAGUACCACAGUCAAGUCAGGUCAGGCAAGGAUUGAGUUGUAGCCUUCAGACUUAGCAAAACAUUCAUUGAAAUCGGUUCAAGCAAUAUAAUGACUCCCAUCUCGCUCGAUGAUGUCCCACCCCACCACAGGUAGCUCGGGCAAUGGAAAAUGAGGAAUGCUGGGACUUGGAUAUUUUUCAACUGGAGGCUGCCACCCGCAAUAGGUGAGGAGUUCACGCAGAGCUCAGCAGCGGGAGAUCUAGAUUUCCAGGGCCUGUGUGAGGAGGCUACCUAAGGAUUGUGGAUUGUGCACAGAGCUGGUCCCUGGACAGGGAGGGGCUCUCAGUGAGGAGUGGCCGGGCAGCAGAUGGCUCUGGGUCACCAGGGCCUGGGGGAGAGGCCUUUGAUGUAUCUUGACAGAAAAUCUUUGCUCGCUUUGGAAUCCGUAAGGGGAGAAAGAAAAUGCCGUGACCCAGUUUUUUAAAGCUCUCUUUUUCAGGAAACGUUGAGUCCAGUUGAGGAGGUCACUGCACUCAUUGCAGCCACCAUUCAUGACAUGGAUCAUCGCUCCUCCCUGUGUGGUGCUGGAGUUGGCCAUUUUAUAUAAUGAUAUCGCUGUGCUGUGGAGCCACCAUGCGGCCUUGGCCUUCCAGGUGACCAUUGGAGAUUGUUCUUACCUUUCUAUGUUUUUAAAUAUAUUGCUACAAUGAUUGAGGAUUCUGUUGACACCUCUUUGUCUUUUUUAUACAGCUAUAUUGAGAUAUAAUUCACAUGUUACACAGUUGGCCCAUUUAAAGUGUACAGUGGGCCAGACAUAGUGUUAGGUAUUUCCACUUUAGGGCCUCCGUGUGUACGUCAACGUCUGCAGGGGUCUAAGGCCAAGUUCAUCAUCUGUGUUCCCAGCACUGCUCCCACCCAGGGUUAUCUGCCUAAUCCAGGGUUCUGUCAUCCAACCAGAAACCCAGGCUAGAAACUGAGACAUCCUUGGUUCUUUCUGCUCCUCAGCCUCUGACAUUGGCUGCAGCUACAAGAUUCCAUUUAUCUCCUUUCUGCUCCCACUCCCAGAGGAGAAUCUGCCACUCCACGCCCCCCAUCCUGGCUCCUCCUGAAUGUCAAAAUUAUUACCGUAACUCUUAAUUCUUUUCCCCACCGACCAUCUCCUUUUGAGGACAUGGACCAUACCUUACCAUUUUCACCUCCCUAAUGCCUAGCUUAGGGCAUCACACAUAGUGGGUGCCCAGUAAAGGUUUCUUGAAUGGAAUGAAAGAGGGAAGAAUGAAGGAACAAAUACCCCGAAGUUCCCAGCCCAGGCUCAUCAGGUGGCCACGUGGAUAUUACUCAACAUGCAGCUCAGAGGAAGGAGAGACACUUCCGGCUCCAUGUGGUUGAGAAGAGGAGAAAUGUGUAGGUGUGAACACUUGGAGAGGGUGCAGUGUCAUGUCUCAUGAAAGGACCAGGUGUCAUGGCUAUUCCAGAGACGGAAGGCAGAGCAGUUGUGCUGACGCAGCACAUUCGUGGGAAACAGCAAGAGAUGAAAGGCGGGGUGCUGAAAGCUGCCUGGACCUAUCCUUGAAUGCCGGGAAGUUCUUUGUCUCCCAGGCGCUGAAGGAUGUUGAGCAGGGGAGCCACAGAAUCAAAGUUUCUGAUUUAGUAGAACUUUGGCUUGUGCACAGGAAGGUGCAGGUUUUUGGUGAAGCAGAUGUGUAUUUAUUGAGCUUUGAUACACAUGCUGCUUCUAGCACAUGCCAGGCAGAGUACUGAUCACAGAGGAAAGACAGGAAAAACUGUCCCCGCCCCCAGGUCAUUCACGUUAGCAAGGAAGGAAAGCCAGCAGAGCACUGCUGGGGUGGUGUGGAGACGCUGUUUUAGGGGAGGUUUCCCAAAAGGUAUGAUACCCGAACUGCAUCUUCAAAGAAGAUAUAAGGUAAGCGGGUGGGGAAGGUGGCAUGGGCGAGGAACAUUCCCAAGUACGUGUUGGGUGCCAAGUCACAGAAGUUUGGGAGGCAAACUGACAAAUCAUCAGUAGUUCAAGGUGGCUGGAGAGAGGGGGACAGACCUCAUGAGACUCUGGGUGCCACACUGAGGAGUCUGAAUCUUACCCUAAAAACAAGGAUGAGCUGUUGAAGUGUUUUGAUUGAGAGAGAUCUGGUUGGAUUUUUGUUUUAGAACAAUUGCUUAGCUUUCUGCAGAGAAUACAUUGAAGUGGGUAAGGUUGGUGUUUUGGAACCGAUCGGGGAGGCUAUCGUUAUAAUCCAGAGAGGAUGACAAGUGUCUGAGCUCAAACAGGGAUAGAGCAGGGGAUGGACUCGAGGUGUUUGGGAGGUAGAAUUUUUAGAUUUGGCUGACCCAAUGGAAGGAGAGGAGAAGGGAGGGGGAGAAGUGAUGGAUGACUUCUGUCUACCUUAUGGUAGAUGCUGUUCCGUGACCUGGGUUAAAGAACAGAUUUGGAAAAAGAAAAAGAGCUAGUGGUGGAUAAUCAAUUCAUCUGCAGUUCCUGAGGAGUAUCCAAAUGAGGUGGUAAGUGGUUAGUUAAGUCUGGAGCUCAGGACAGAGACCUGGGGUAAGAUGGCAACAUGGGAAUUAAUUAGAGCUAUAGGAAGGAAUGAGAUCUCCCAAGGAGGUUUUGUUGAGAAACUGAGAAGGGCUAAGGAUAGAACCUUUGGAAAACCACCUUUGGAAAACCAGGGAUGCCGAGGAAGAGGAAAUCAUGGAAGAAAGUAGAAAGGAAUGGUAAGAGAUGGAAGGCAAACCACGAGAAUGUGGACUCUGCAAAUAGGAGCGUCCAGAAAGGGAUCAGUUGUGUCUAGUACCACAGUCAAGUCAGGUCAGGCAAGGAUUGAGUUGUAGCCUUCAGACUUAGCAAAACAUUCAUUGAAAUGGGUUCAAGCAAUAUAAUGACUCCCAUCUCGCUCGAUGAUGUCCCACCCCACCACGGGUAGCUUGGGCAAUGGAAAAUGAGGAAUGCUGGGACUUGGAUAUUUUUCAACUGGAGGCUGCCACCCGCAAUAGGUGAGGAGUUCACGCAGAGCUCAGCAGCGGGAGAUCUAGAUUUCCAGGGCCUGUGUGAGGAGGCUACCUAAGGAUUGUGGAUUGUGCACAGAGCUGGUCCCUGGACAGGGAGGGGCUCUCAGUGAGGAGUGGCCGGGCAGCAGAUGGCUCUGGGUCACCAGGGCCUGGGGGAGAGGCCUUUGAUGUAUCUUGACAGAAAAUCUUUGCUCGCUUUGGAAUCCGUAAGGGGAGAAAGAAAAUGCCGUGACCCAGUUUUUAAAAGCUCUCUUUUUCAGGAAACGUUGAGUCCAGUUGAUGAGGUCACUGCACUCAUUGCAGCCACCAUUCAUGACGUGGAUCAUCGCUCCUCCCUGUGUGGUGCUGGAGUUGGCCAUUUUAUAUAAUGAUAUCGCUGUGCUGUGGAGCCACCAUGCGGCCUUGGCCUUCCAGUCAAAAAAGGCCAAGUAACAUUAGUCUGGACAAACUCAUUGCCGCGAGGCCCAGCCUGCUCUGCGGGAGCCGGAAAGACCACGCCUGUGUGGGGAAAAGUCAGAACUGAGGCUCUGGCCCUGUGUUGGCCCUGUGGACCUGACAGCGCUUUUUGGCCCCAACCAGAUUUAGGUGCGCACCUUAUUGGGCCCUGAGUGGGAAGGGCUGUUGCAGGAAACCUCCUUUAGAGGCCCCUAGGUGUAUUCUGGUUGUCUAACCACAUGGCUCUCCACUGCUCUGGGGCCUCAAGUGAGCUGCUCAGUCGUGCGAAGCCCUGCAGAACUUGGGAGAACUGGAUAGCGCUGACAUAGGAUGGGAAAGCAGCAAUUGGUCAGCAAAUGUCAGCGGUCUUCUGGGAUGUGAUGCUGUUUCAGGAGCAUUUGCCCGUGCUACAGCAUGAAAUCUAAGUGCCUGUGGAAGACUGGGAGGGGUCAGGCUUGGGGACCUGCUUGCUGAAGGAUCGUUUGGGAAAGCACAGCAGUCUGGGGAGAGGCAAGCCCGGGUAGAUGCCUCAAAGCCAUCACCUCCGAUAGCACAAGCUCUUUGCUUGUUAGGGAAAGAGAGAAGAGUGCCAGGCUUUUAUCAUUCAUUGCCAGAAUGCUCCACCAAUCACUGAGGAUUGGACAGCAGCAUGCAGAAUGCUGAGAGAGGAGACAGAAUAUGAAUGUGCACACACAGGAUGCUCCCGGUGCUGCCGGGUGGCGGCGGCGUUGGCCACCAGGGUGCGCUGCUGGGGCCAUUCCUGAGUUGAGGUGGUAGGGGUGCUACACAGGGAGAUGGCAUUUAUUUAUUUAUUGCUAAGAAGUUACAGAGUAUCUAGCACACUGCCUUGACCAUACUACAUGCUUAAGUUAGGGGGGUGAAUUUCCUAAAGAGUUCAGAAUAAUCUGUGCUUGUUAAUCAGUGUGGAAUCCGGGGACAGUGCUGUUCAAAGGUCUGUUCCUGCGGUGUGGGCAGCGUGCAGAAACAACUGAAACUGGGAUUUUCCUGUUAAAGGAAAGCGCCAGCUUUUAAAGCAUUCAUUAUUCUUUGCUUCUUUGGAAAUCUCUUUCAUUUCCCCACUGAUGGUCAGCCCUCCCCCUUUCCCUCCCCUGUUUCCUCAUCCUCUUCCCUCUCCCUUCCCUCCCCCAUCCCCUGUCCCCUCAUCUUCCUCCCUCAUCCCCUGUCCCCUCAUCCUCCUCCCUCUCCUUCCCAGGACUGCCUACACUUCUCUGCCCUUCAAUACACCGCAAAGAGGGGAGGAAAAUUAACUGGGCAAAGGAAAGUUAUGGAUUCUGACUAGGCUACUUCUCAGACCUGGGACUUAUCUGCUUUGAAUUUCAGCUUACAUGUUGCCAUUUGGGAAUAACAAGAAAUGAUCCCAAUUCAGGGAUUCACUCAUGAGCUCAUAUUCGAGAGCAAAGGCCAUCUGUUCCCUGCUCUUGUCAUUGCCGUAAUCUCUUAGCACACCCUUAGCAGCAGUGACUGCCCAGUAGCGACCAUUUCCAAGCAGUUGAGGGCAUGGGCUAGGAGGGUAUCGCCAAUGACUGUUUCUGCAUGCACCUGCUGAACACUCGUUUAUUGGCUGGCACUGUGCCUGGGUGACGGGCUCUAGGAAGACUUGAGACCAGAAACUUUGGCCUCUAUGAGGCUCUAAUCUUGUCAUGGGAAGCAUGGAAACAGAGACACGGAAUACAGCACAGGGAUGGCUAGGGUGAGAUUGAGUGAAACUAUCUAAAUGGGUCUUCACCGCUAUUCGUUGCCUCCAGAUGGGCUGCAUCUUGGAGCUUCAACUUCUUUCUGUGUUAAUGGGGAAGAAACAGAAUCCCUUGGAAGCUCCUUUCCCAUCAUUCAAUUUUCACAGGGUGGACUGAGUCACAUUAUUCUUCACAGACAAAUUCUCCUUCUGAGAAGGCUGGUUAGUGCAUAGCUGGAGAAAUAAAACAACUCAGAAACCCCACUGGCUUUUUUAAACAAAUUGUACUGUAUGAAAAUUGGAGACAAACAUGUCUGCCAUCUCUCACUUAGGCAGCAGGAAGUUAGGGUGACCUACCCAACAAGCAUUCCUAACCCACAGUUUGUGGUUCUCAGAUUUGGCACUCAUGUGCCCAGGACACUGCUGGAAACUCACAGGACUGCCUAAAUGUUUGAAUUCCCUAAACACAGAAUUAAAAGUGUUCAAAGUGGUGGCAGUGACA